AUGUCGACCUUUAAUCGGCAAGCGAGUGCGAGCGGGAUACGGCGUGCGCCGUCUGUCGUGAGCACGCCGGUGCACAACGCGCACAGCUACGUCGCGGCGCGCCCCCCGCCCCCCCCCGCUGCGCCUCCCCUGACGGAGGACCAGCUGUCGGAGAUCCGCGAGGCGUUUACGCUCUUUGACACCGACAAGGACGGCUCGAUCGACUUCCACGAGCUGCGUGUCGCGAUGCGUGCGCUUGGCUUUGAGCUGCCCAAGAAGGAGAUCCAGGAUUUGCUGAGUGCCAACGACGCCAGCGGCCAAGGGCUGAUGCAGCGUGCCGCAUUUGAGCAAGCAAUGUCGCAGCUAGUUGCGCAGCGUGACCCCCGCGACGAGAUUGCGCGCGCGUUUGCGCUCUUUGACGACCACAGCACCGGCCGGAUCGGGCUGCGCGAGCUGAAGCGCGUCGCAAAAGAGCUUGGCGAGAACCUUACCGAUGACGAGCUGCAAGCUAUGAUUGAUGAGUUUGACCUCGACCAGGACGGCACGAUUGACCGCAACGAAUUCGAGCAGAUCAUGCUCGGCGAGCCGUAG